AUGCCCGACCACCUACCCCCCACCGACUUCCACCACCCCUACACCCCUUACCAAAUCCAAACGGACUUCAUGCGCGCCCUCUACACCACCAUCGACGACAAAUGUAUCGGAAUCUUCGAAAGUCCGACGGGAACGGGGAAGAGUUUGAGUUUGAUAUGUGGGGCGUUGACGUGGUUGAGGGAAAAGAAGAGGAGGGAGGUUGUCGAGGGUGAAGUAGAAGCAGCGGACGAGGAUGGGGAAGCGAAGGACGAACCGGAUUGGGUGAUGGAACAUGAGAGGAAGGAGAGGAUUAGGGUUGCUGCGCAGAGGACUGCUGAUCUCGACGCACGACUUUUACGGAUACGAGCACGAGAGAGACGGGCGGAGAAGGAAGCACAGUCGACACUACUGAACGCACGCUCAUCGCAUAACAUCAAGCGGAUACGACCAACGGCCAAGAAGCUCAAGGAGCGGGAAGAAGAGGAAGAUGAAUACGUCGUCGAUGAUUAUCAGAGCGAACAAGACGAAGGUCCGGGGAAGAGAGCAACAGUGAAAGAAGGCGAACCGUUCUCUAAAGAAGUCAUGGACCUCCUCCGCAAAAUGGGACACCCAGCCGCCAAGGCAGACGAAGCCGACGACGACGACGACGAAGAAAUGCCCGAAGAAACAAAGAUCUUCUACGCAUCAAGAACACACUCCCAACUAACCCAAUUCAUCAACGAACUCCGCCGCGUCAAGUUUCCCCCAAUAACUCUCGACACCUCGCUAACACCCUCCUCCUCCACUUCUCCAGCCGUCGAGGAAGGCCUUAUCAAACACCUCCCCCUCGCCUCCCGCCAACACCUCUGCAUCAACCCCCCCGUCCGCUCCCUCCGCUCAACCCCCCUAAUAACCGCCGCCUGCCUCGACCUCCAAAAACCCACAACACCCCCCACGAAACGGUGUCCGUACCUCCCUUCCCCCGCCCAUCCCGAGCUCCUCCGCCCCGCACGCGAAUUCAGAGAUGAAGUCCUUGCCGAGAUAAGAGAUAUCGAAGAUUUGGGCCGGAUGGGACGGGAGAUGGGUGUUUGUGGGUAUUACGCUAGUCGAGGCGCGAUUAGGGCUGCGGAGGUCGUGACACUUCCCUACCCACUCCUUCUCAACAAAAAUGCGAGAGAGAGUUUGGGGGUUGACGUAAAAGGCCAUGUGGUUGUUGUUGAUGAGGCGCAUAAUGUGUUGGAUGCGAUUAGUGGGGUUUAUGCUGCUGAGAUUGGGGAGAGGGCGUUGAGGCGGGCACGGAGGGGGUUGGAGGUUUAUGUGGGGAGGUUUUCGGGGCGGUUGAAGGGUGGGAAUAAGGUUUAUAUCAAACAAACUCUACGACUCAUCGCGGGGCUGGAAGCCUUUCUGGAGGGGAAGAAAGUGAAGGGUGGGGUGGUUGAGGAGGGCGAAGUUAGUGCGGCGGAGUUGUUGGGAGGAAGGGGUGGAGCGGAUAUGGUCAACGUUUAUAAAUUGGAGAAGUAUUUCAAGGUGAGUCAGUUGGCAAGGAAGGUUGAUUCGUAUGUGGAGAAGUUGGAGAGGGAUGAGGCGAAGAAGAAGAUGAAGGAGAACGGCGCAGGUGGCAAAGUUGGAGAGGUGAAGAGUGGAGGAGGAGGGGGGAUGCCGGUUUUGAUGCAGUUACAGGCGUUUUUGAUGGUGUUGACGAAUCCGUCGAGUGAAGGUCGGAUAUUCUACGGUCCCACAACCUCAUCUACCUCUUCAGCAACCGGGGAAGACAAGAAAGCGGAAGAGGAGCAGCAGGAGGUCGACAUGGGGUUGAGAUAUAUGCUCCUCGACCCCGCCCACCAUUUCCGCUCCAUCGUAACCUCAGCCCGCGCCGUGAUCCUCGCCGGCGGAACAAUGGAACCAAUGUCCGACUACGUUCAACACCUCUUCCCCUACCUCCCCCCCACCCGAAUCCGAACAUUCUCCUGCGGCCACGUUAUCCCGCCUGAAAAUUUGUUGGGGUAUGCAGUGAGCCGUGGGCCGAGUGGAGGGGUGUUGGAGUUUACGUGGGAGAAGAGGGGGAGAAGGGAGGUUGUUGAGGAGUUGGGGCGGGCGGUUGUUAAUUUGUGUGGGGUUGUGCCGGAUGGGGUUGUUGUUUUCUUUGCAAGUUAUGGGUAUUUAGAGAGUGUUGUAGGGAUGUGGAAGGUGCUUGGGAAGGGUGCGGGUGGGGUGGGGAUGAGUCUUUGGGAGAGGUUGGGGCAGAAGAAGAAGAUUUUCCGGGAGUCAAAGGAGGGCAGUAAUGUCGAAGACACACUACGAGACUACGCACAAGCAAUCGACGCAGCAAACUCGACCGGCGCAAUCCUCCUCUCAGUCGUGGGUGGGAAGAUGUCUGAAGGUAUCAACUUCUCCGACAAACUCGGCCGCGCGGUAAUCAUGGUCGGCCUCCCCUUCCCAAACCCCUCCUCCCCGGAAUGGAAAGCAAAACGCGAACACGUCGAACACCUCGUCAUCUCCGCCGGUGGUACCCCAUCCGAAGCAAAAGCAGCCAGUCAAGAGUUCUACGAAAACGCGUGUAUGCGAGCCGUGAAUCAGGGUAUUGGACGUGCGAUUCGGCAUCGGGGGGAUUAUGCGAGUAUCGUGUUGUUGGAUAGACGGUAUGGGACGGAAAGGAUUAGGGGGAAGUUGCCGGGGUGGAUUAGAGAGAAGGUUGUUGUUGAGGAGAAGGGGUUUGGGGAGGUUGUGAGGGCUGUUGGAGGGUUCUUUAGACAGAAGAGGGGUCAAUGA